CUGCGAUCUGUUUACCUAUGUGUCAUCCAUUCACUGCGACACCGAGCAUCCUUUCUGUGUGAUACAAUCCGACACGCUUAAAUAACAUGAAUUCACUCACUGCUCUUUGUUUGUGCUGAUAAUGUCCUCCUCCAUCAUCCCCGCGUGAUCGACACCAUCACCAUGGCGUCUUCAAGUUACACCUGCAUCCAAGACAGCGCCACAGAGAAGGAUAAGCUCCUCUCCUCCGUGGCCGGCUAUGGGUCCCGGGACCUUCUUGGGAUUGGGAACCCUCGUCCCACUGCUCUGGUCGGGGCUGAGUCCCCUCAGAAGCAGCAGGAUGAGGAUGAGGAGGCCCUGAGGAGGAAGCUCAAGUACUUCUUCAUGAGCCCUUGUGACAAAUAUCACGCCAAGGGGCGGAAGCCUUUCAAACUGGGCCUGCAGCUGCUGAAAAUCAUCAUUGUGACUGUGCAGCUGGUUCUGUUUGGACUGAGCAACCAGAUGGUGGUGACAUUUAAAGAAGAGAACACGGCUGCAUUCAAACACCUUUUCCUGAAGGAUUAUCAGGACGGCGCUCCACAGGCCGUGCACACGCAGAAUGAGCUGUACAGCCGCAUCCACUUCGCCAUCGAGCAGUACUUGGCUCUUCCUCAGAUCUCACUGGGGCUGUAUGCGUACGUGUUGGGCCCCGGUGUGAACGGCAGUGCGCUCUCCCUCUGCCAGAGGUUCUACAGGAAGGGCACCAUCGACCCCGUCAACGACACCUUUGACAUCGAUCCCCAUGUUGACACCGAAUGCCUUGGACUGAAUCCACUGACUUACAGUCCUGCUCCAGGAAACAGCGACUACAAGAAUUUCACUCUCAAGUUUUACAAGCUGAUCAAUGUCACAAUUGACUUCCAGUUGAAGGCCAUCAACAUUCAGACUAUUAUAAACAAUGAAAUCCCUGACUGCUACACCUUUGCUAUCAUGAUCGUCAUGGAUAACAGGGCGCACAGCGGCAAAGUUAAGAUCCAUCUGCAGAACCAGGCCUCCAUAAAGGAGUGCAAAGACCCAAACGUGUCCGGACAUGCGGAGAGCUACGCUCGGGAGUUCUUUGACGUGCUGGUGGCGUUUAUCUGCCUGCUGUCGCUGCUGCUGUGCGGGCGCUCCAUCCUCCGAGGCAUCCUGCUGCAACACGAGUACGUGCAGUUUUUCAAACACAGACUUGGCCGCAGUGUGACCUGGGGAGACCGGAUGGAGUUCAUCAACGGCUGGUACCUUCUGCUCAUCGUCAGCGACAUGUUCACCAUCGUCGGCAGCUUCAUCAAAAUUGGUAUCGAGUCCAAGAAUUUGUCAUCAUAUGACAUGUGCGGGAUCCUGCUGGGAACCUCCACUCUGCUGGUGUGGGUGGGAGUCAUCCGCUACCUCAGCUUCUUUCAGAAAUACAAUAUCCUGAUUGUGACUCUAAGAGCUGCUUUUCCAAAUGUUAUCCGCUUCUGCUGCUGUGCAGCUGCCAUAUAUAUGGGAUAUUGCUUCUGUGGAUGGAUUGUGCUGGGGCCCUAUCAUGCCAAGUUCCGCUCCCUGCCCAUGGUCUCAGAGUGCCUGUUUUCUCUGAUCAACGGAGACGACAUGUUUGUAACAUUCGCUGCAACGGAGCAAAGUGGCACACUGGUGUGGAUCUUCAGCCAGGUCUACCUCUACACCUUUAUCUCGCUCUUCAUCUACAUGGUGCUGUCCCUCUUCAUCGCUCUCAUCACCGGAGCCUACGACACCAUUAUGGCUCAAACACAGGAGCAGGUACGAAUCACCGAUCUGCACGAGUUCAUCGCAGAGUGCGCGGACACGCCCAGCUCUGGAAAGUUCCGAGGGCCAGAAGGGUCGUCGUGCUCCUUCCUCUGCUGCUGUGAGUGGUGAGGAGGAGGAGGAAGA